UACAAAACUCGACCACUCGCUUCCACUCCUCCCUGCCCCUCAAACCAAUCGAAACAAAAUGUCUUCUUUCUUUGGAUCUGGCGCCGCUGGUACUGCCGACAUGGCCAACCGCAAGGAGCAGAUGAAGCAGUCUAUCCAACAAGAGGUAGGCGUCAUCCCCGUCGCAAUUGAUCGAACGGUCAGGGUGAACAAGGACAUGUUUGGGCGCGGCGAGGGUUUUUUUGGAGAGAGUGAGAGAUGGAGAACGAACGAUGAAGGAUCGAGGAUGUAGGAUAGAAGAGCAUGGUUCAGAGCUGAUGUUCAUACUACAGCUCGCUGUCGCCAACGCCCAGCAGCUCAUUAACAAGAUCAACGAAAACUGUUUCGCCAAGUGCGUCACCAAGCCUUCUACCGAAUUGACCGGUUCUCAAGAAACCUGUCUCUCCCAAUGUAUGGGUCUCUACAUGGCCGCCUUUGACCAGGUGUCUCGAUCGUAUGUCCAGAGGAUAUCGAAGGAGAGGGGAGGUCUUCCCGGUCUCUAAUGUCCGAGUGGAGCAGCAGGAAACAAGGUGAUACAGUCCCGAAGAGUGGCAGGAAGACGACAUAUCAUGUAAAACACAAGUCUAUGC